AUGCAUUUGCUUAAACUGCUUCUAGUGUCUCUAACGAUUGCUUUUACAUACGGAGACCCUCGAAUGACAACACCUGUCUUCCAAGCCGUUAACUUUGCCAGAGAAAUAAGAGGUCGACGCCUUAAUGGAAGUGUUAUUAGAGAAAUACAGGUGGAUUCAGAGAGUUCUUGUCGACUACACUGCGUGAAAGAAAGCUCAUGUGUGUCAUACAACUUUGGAUGCACAAUAAACAACAAGAAGUUUAAAUGUCAACUAAGCGACUCCGAUCGCUUUGCUAGUUUUAAGUAUUUCACCGAAGACAAUAAAUUUCUCUACCGAGGAGUGAAGGUAAGAAACUUUAGAUCUAGUUUUUCUAGAAUGAAGUAGGUAAGCAUUAUAUACCCUGUAGAAUAAACUUUUUUAAAAUGUAUGCUGACGUAAUGUGUAAAAUUUUGAGUGUUUCAAGGUUCUACACAACUUCGGAUUAUAGGAAAGAACUCAAAUUUCCUCACUUUUAAUGAAACAAAGACAGUGUAACCAACUGUGUUAUUAAAACCACAUAUCCUUAAUAUUCUUGUUUCAAAUUGAAAGAUGAGGGUUCUUUCGAAUAUCAUUCUGAAAAGAAUUGGAAAGAGAAUGGAAAAAAAUGGGACGAAAAUUCUUACAAAGUUCUUAACAUUUCGUCGAUCCCGUAAGAUCAAGUUCGAUUUAUCCUUUUCAGUUUUGAUAAGAAGUUUCGACUUGAUUCUAUUAAUGUGAGAGAUAAACAUCUGCAGCAUACAAAGAAUGUUUUCAAUUAUUUGAAUUUCUGUAAAACAUAUUCAUUUCAUGGGAAACACUCCAUAUGCAUGCUUUAUGAGCAAGCUUAUUAUGACUGAAAAACAUUUCAUCUGUGAGGCCAUUAAAAUUUAAAACUUCAUUGUAUAAUCCAUUUGGUAUCGUGGCGAUGAAUUUUGCUCAAGAAAGAGGUAUCUUUAACAACGCUGAUGUGACAAAUGCACAUGAUUUUUUGAACGAAACGUUUUAAAUGAAAUGUUCUUUGAAUUCUUCUUCUUCCCUCAUUACCCCACCUCUUUCAAAAAAAAAUACUUAUGGGGAAUCUUUCAAACAUAAAAAAUCGUAAUUAAUUUAAGAGAUCCUCGCAGCUAAGAACACUACUGAACUUUUGACUGAAAGUAGGACCUGAAAAAAUUCAGGUCCGUACGGGAUAUGAACCCAUGAUCUGUGCAAUACCGGUGCAGCGCUCUACCAACUGAGCUAACAAGCCAACUGGGAGUUGGUCAAUAUGUUGGGUCGAAAUAAACCAUCCAAGUGAUGAAUAAUGAUUUUAGAUAUAUGAAAUUUAUAUAUUUGCACUGCGGUGCAGAAACGAGUUUAAGAGAUCCUCGCAGCUAAGAGCACCACUGAACUGGUAGUUGAAAAUAGGACCUGAAAAGCUAGCUCAGUCGGUAGAGCGCUGCACCGGUAUCGCAGAGGUCAUGGGUUCAAAUCCCGUACGGACCUGAAUUUUUUUUAGGUCCUAUUUUCAACUACUAGUUCACUAGUGUUCUUAGCUGCAAGGAUCUCUUACAUUCGUUUCUUCGCCGCAAUGCAAAUAUAUGGAUUUCAUAUAUCUAAAAUCAUAAAAAAUCGUGAUAAAUAAAAUGAAAUAAAGAAAGGUUUGCUCGGAAUUCGGAGAGCCCAACCGUGUCCUACGUAGCCCGACGUGAUUCGCUAUUUAAGUGUAAAAGAGUGACGAAGGUUAGAGAUUGACAGCUCUGUAAGUGUCACCUGUAUAAGCGGUGACUCACACUUUCCUUGAGAGAUCGGAGCUAGUCCCCGUUGUAAUAACUUGAGUAGUAAGAGUGAAUAAAGAAAGGGACAACAAAAAAACGAGUGUUAGGAACUAGCACUAUUCGCCAUUACUUCUAACUUGUUAAAAUUGCAGCGCAGAUUCUAUUUUUUAGUCCAUGCUGCUAGCUUAUCGAUAUCGAAUUGUGGCUUCUGUUUUUCUUUUUCUACGUUUUCCAGUUCCUUUCAUAUCUUAGUGUCAUCAGCGGACACUAAUUUAAUAGUGUUGGAGAUGCCACGGAGACACUAAUUAACACACGGGUCCAGGAAGAGUAAGUGCCACGCACCACGACACGUUUUGGGCAGCCAAAGAGAUUCCUACACCAAGAUAGAAGACUGAGGUCUAUCUAUUCCAUGCCAUUUUGGCUAAGGUAGCAAUCGUUCAUGGGGUACGAAAUCGAAUGCUUUCGGAAGGUCUAAAAAUGACAUCCGGUGGUCUUGAUUUGUGUCUGGGUGCCGGUGAGUCGUUAAAACAAGAAAUAUAUUUAGUUAUCUUAUUCAACACAUUGUCUGCUGUAAAUGCACUGCGGGUGCAAUCUAUAACAAGCCAGAAAGUACGCAGCGAAAACAUUAAGUUUGCCUGGUUGAUUUAACUUUACUUCAGAAAAAAUGAUGUCGAUAUGCAGGUGCUUUUAAACAAUUUGAGCCUCGCGGUCUGAAGCCGUUCUACUGAUAUUUUCUCCGCUCUUGCGACAGAGAAGUGAUCCCCAGUUUCUUUUAAGCUCACCGGUGGGCAGAUUUCAGAACAAUUCAAUGAUACUCGAUCGUCCUUAUCUGAGAGGACUAGAACGUCUCACUGUUUGGAGUUAUCAGAUCAAAGGUAACGCAUUGCCCUAAGUUUUUUUUAAAACCCUGACAGUUAGUCUGGUCAGGGAACUUAAUGUUGGCCUCUCUGGAAGCUUAUGAUCUGAAUCAAUCUGAGAAUAUGAAACACAUGCAAUUUUAAAAGUCUAUCAGUCAAUCAAUUCAUAGGGUACCUGUAUUUUAGUAUAAGCAAUCAGUUGCUUUUGUUUUAACAGAGUGAUUGUGAGGUCAGCUCUUCCCUUUGUGCAGAAAACGAGAUUUGUGUUCCCAACUAUAAAGACAACACUGCAGAAUGCAAAUGUCGUUAUGCUUCUGGAUAUACGGGAAAACCAUGCGGUGAGUAUCAUGUCUAACGCUUUCACUAGUUUGCCACUUUAUAUUGACUGAAAGCAUUCGUCAAGUCUUAAAUAUCCCAAUUUGGAUCAAGUAAAAUGACUCUUACAGCUCAUCCACCCUGGUCAAUCAAUUAAUUUGAGCUCUAUUAAUUAUUUCUUUUUCUUCUAAAAACAGAAGCGAAAUGCUGCGCUCAACUACUUAAAGAUGGUUUCACUUCCAAUGGCGUGUACACCAUCAACCCAGAUGGUGGUAAGCCAAUACCAGUGUUGUGUGACAUGACCACAGACGGUGGAGGUUGGACCGUUUUCCAGAGACGUUUGGACGGCUCCGUUGACUUCUAUCGUGACUGGAAAGCUUACAAAGAGGGGUUCGGAAGUUUGAGCGGCGAGUUCUGGCUUGGAAACGACAAUCUUCACCGUUUGACGGAUGCUAAUGACGUCAUGUUGAGAGUUGACUUAGAGGACUUUGAGGGGAAUAUCACAUACGCCGAGUACAAGACAUUUAAGGUGGCAAACGAGGCUAAUAACUACAGACUCACUCUCAGAGAAUACAAUGGCACAGCGGGAGAUUCCUUCAUGGAUCAUAGGUAACAUAAAUAGUUAAGAAAUGCAUUGGUGUUGAAUGUCUCAUGCACGCUUAACUCUUAUAUUCUCUCUUGAUAUUCUUUAAGAGUGAAGUUCCCUCUGAAAAUGAAAGAUAUAGGAAUUGUAGAGGUCAUUGGGCAGAAUUCAUAUUGUUCUCGCAGUGGCGAAAAUAUUAUAGAUCUCUGAGCGGCGAAGCGUAAACGGGAAGACUCUCAUUGGUCGAAGAUCACGCGCGCUUUCCUCCGUAACGAGAAAACAAAAAUAAGUCAGUUGAAUGAAAAGCGCUCGUCGAUACCCUGGAGAUUAAGAAUGCCGAUUUGAAAGAUAAUUUUUUGUUCUACAGUUUUGCGGCUUUCCGAACUGCCUACAUGUAGGGAAAGGCCGCAAACUUCCAUAUGCUGCUUAGAAUGAUUAGGGAGAUUAAACUGACUAGCGACUGGUUUGGAUGCGUCCUGGUCAUUUCUUUCUACGUCGCGAAGGUGUUCUCGGCAUUGGUCACCUAAUCGUCUUCCUGUUUCACCAAUGUAAAACGUUUUGCAAUAAUUGCAAGUUAUGCAGUAAAUGACUUGCCGGAGGUGCACGUUAAGUGAUCACUGAUCUUAAUGGCUCUCUUGGGUCCCGUCAUUUUCUCUACGUUAUAAAUGAAAGGACAGUUUUUGCAUCGUGAGCGAGCACAUUUGAAAGUUUCAGGCUGGUCUUUGGUUUCAAAUGAACUUUUGACCAAAAAAAGUUGCCCAUGUUUUUGUAACGUUUGAAUGAAAUUAGUGAAGGUUGCGAAAAGACAACACCAGUCUCUGAAUGGUUUUGGACUAAUUGAAACUUUUUAAGAAUGAUAGGUUUAACUGCGUGGUUGUGAGGGUGAAAUGUGAGAGUGAAUGGAAUGCAAUCAGUGUUUUCCUUCUAAGCCGUUUUUAAUGCUGACUGUCGCAAGUAUCUUUGUUCAAGGUGUUAGAAUUAUCCUCUUUGUCGUGAAAAAAUGACUUUCACUUAAAAUCGGCGAGGGAAUUUUUUAACGUCUUUCUUGACUGAAAAUUCGUCGAUUUUUCCGAAAUGGGAACAAAAUUUUAGCUCUUACUAAGAACUGAUUUUUCUGAAUCGGAAAGUGGUAAAUUUUCUGGAAUGCGAAUUGACGUUUUGAGGCUUUCAGGCGAUGAGUCGCUAUUAUUUUGAGGACCGAUAAGUUGGUCGAGUUUUUGUGCCUUAAUUUGGUGCAAAUGGUUAAAUAUUUUAGAACAGGCAUCCUGAAUUUUGGCACGAAUAGAUUUUACUAAAACAACUGGACAAAUUUUGGAAAGUUCAGAGCGGCAAUGUAGAAUUUUUUUGUGGAGUUCGUCACGUUUUUGGCACAAAGCUCGGAUUGUGAAUCUCAUAAUAUCACCUGGCGCGAAAAAAAAAUUGUGGGCGCACUGAAUUUGGUCACGACAUUGAUUAGAAUGAGAAAAAGAAGAUGCAUGAAAAUUGGAGCGAAAACCCUUAGGAACAAUUUUGGAAUGAAGGCAAUGGCCAAUGAAAUGGAUAUAGCUACUAACAGUAAGAAUGGCUAAACGGAAUGCUAGAUCCUUGUCCCACUCAACUUAUUUCCAGCUAUUUAGACAAAAUUAUAGCACCUAUGGUAAAAACAUGAUCAUCUUACGUUAAGGACAGCCAACACACACUUGAAAUUUUUGGUGACUUUUAUUUCCUUGGCCAAAAAAUCUCAUUUUCACUGAGGAUAUCAUUAUAUUCUAUCCUAUUGUGCCCUAUCCUAAACUACUGUAUUUUAUUCUAUCCUAUUUUAUUCUACUCUACGAUAUUAUAUUAUAAAUCUACCUCUUUAUCUCUGUCUCUCUCGCGUCUCUUGAUUUCUUCUUUAAAGCAAUUUGUCAAAGUAGUUCCCUUAAGCAGAAUUGGUUUUCUAACUUUUAAGUGAAAACUUCAUUCCUCAAUGGCUAAACAGAAAUGAGACAGGGCAACUUAAGUCUUAUUCUUAUUGCAGCGGUAUGCAGUUUUCCACGAAAGAUCAAGAUAGUGAUCUAUAUGGUGCAAGCUGUGCCCAAUACUACAAAGGAGCCUGGUGGUACAAAAGCUGCCAUAUAUCCAAUCUAAACGGAUUGUAUUUCAAUGGCCAACAUGCCUCUCAUGCUGAGGGAGUCAACUGGUUUAGUUUUAGAGGCCUUUACUACUCACUAAAACGCACUGAGAUGAAAUUAAAAGCCAAGGAAUAA